UCCUUUUCCCCUUCUUCUCAAGAUAAUACACCAAAUUUAUCGCACACACUCUCUCGCCGGAGUUUCGUCUCGCAUCUGCACCAUCUCCGGUGCCGAUUUCGUCUACUUUAUUUAAACUAUGAACUCUCCUGACCUCGAUGAGCAAUUAGAGGCGGAUGUAUACAGUAACUUGCCUUCUCAUCAAAAUGAUUCUUCAACAGGGAUGAUGACGAGGAGGAAUCGCAGCUCGCUUAGAUCGAAACAUUCCGAGACUGAGCAGCGAAGAAGAAGCAAAAUCAAUGAAAGGUUCAUAUAUCAAAAUUUUCGAUUUUCACUAAAAGGAGUAAACUUUUCUUCCUUAUUUGUAUUUUUGUGGGUAUGCAGAUUUCAGAGUUUAAUGGACAUUAUACCUCAGAAUGAUCAGAAACGAGAUAAAGCAUCUUUCUUGUUGGAGGUUAUAGAGUAUAUUCAGUUUCUACAAGAAAAAGUUCAAAUGUAUGAAGGAUCUCACCAAAUGUGGUAUCAAGCCCCAACCAAAUUGAUUCCAUGGAGAAAUAAUCACGACCCUGUUGGGGAGGUGAGUGACCAUCCUGAUAUCGUUAAAUGCUUUCCAAGUAACGACAAAGUUGCUGCUUCUUCCGGGUUGCUCUCGGAUAUGCAAAAUCCUGUGGAUCUUUAUGUCGACGACUCAGCAGCUACUACCAAGAUUCUCGAACACAGUCAUGUUUCAGCAGUUUCGUCUUAUGAACCUACCGAGACUCCGCUGCAGUUUGUUCAGCAUGACUUUUGGCAACCAAGACCGAGUUGUGGAUCAAAUGAUCGCAAUAAGAAAGAAUUGUUAAACUCGGACGAGAAAACAUCAGCCAGCUUGUCUAAUGUCUGCUCCCAAAGGGUACUACACAAUCUAACCGAAGCACUUAAGUCAUCGGGUGUCAAUAUGUCGGAGACCUUGAUAUCUGUGAAGUUAAACCUUCGGAAAAGAGCAGAUCGCGCGUAUUCUGCCAGUGCUUUUGCUUCUGAGGAUCAUUGUAAUAGCAUCACUGAUGAAGAAGGGGAUUCUCCUGCUGAAACUAGAAGCAUCUGCAAAGAAUUAGAUCAGUCCCAGAAGAGGAUAAGAAGAUAAGAGAUCUGGUUUCUUAUUUUCUACUUUAUGACAACUGUUUCAUGUUUAAAUUUUUCUGGGGGUAUCUGUAGCUUUAGAUUAAUGUAUAUAGCUGUGAUUCGCUACUUCUAUCGAGCUGCGACUGUCCUCAUGAGUCAUGAUGUAGAAAAUAAGAUAUGUAGCAAGUUUCAAAAUUCAAUAAAGAGGAAUUGAUCCAUUUAAUGGCACUUUUCAAGUAUAUAUAUAUAUAUAUAUAUAUCCAUAACUUUUUGCCCUUCACUGUCUCACACUACGGUACUCAAACUAGUACUACAAAGUACUAAUCGGGGAAUUUAUUUUGUACUUCUUGACAUGUCUGUAUCAUGUUUGGUUUGAUAUAAGGCAGUCCAUGUUAUCAUAAGACUUAAGUUUGAUAUGAGACAGAGUAUCUAGAUCUAUAUAUUGAAGAAGAGAUACAAUUUUCAGUAGAAGUAGAGAACUCAUCUUUAUUCUAUACCCUUGUAUAAACCUUACUCAACUUAAGUUCGAUUAAUGAGGUUGUUUGUUUGCUGAAGAAGAUAAAGCAGGAGGAGGGCCAGGGUUGUGUGGUGGUGGAAAGAAUGGGAAUGGAGGAAAUGGAAAUAUUGACGGAG